AGCACAGUGCGUCAGCGCCUCCUCCCACAGUCCCAGCAGGCCGCGCGCCACCAUGGGUGGGGUGUCCGCGGGGUGGAAUGGGAAGAGCUGGAGGGCGGGGAUAGGAAGGCGUGGAGGGACCAGAUGCCUCCUUGUGGGCGGGGCCUCCUUGCAGGGAGAGCCCGGUGGGCGGGGUGACGCGGGGGUGGGACUCUGGUCCUGGAUGUUUCUGGGCUCUGGGCGGAGCGAGCAGCUUGCAGAGCGCAGUGCGCAGCCCGCGUUGGAAGGUAGGGUCUGGUUCCCAGUUUUACUGCCCUCGCCACUCCAACCGGCACCCAGCGUCAUGGCCCAGCAGCCGCCCGACGUUGAGGAAGAUGAUUGUCUUUCUGACUACCACCACCUCUUCUGCCCGGACCUUCUCCAGGACAAGGUGGCCUUUAUCACGGGUGGUGGCUCUGGGAUUGGCUUCCGGAUCGCUGAGAUUUUCAUGAGGCAUGGCUGCCACACUGUCAUCGCCAGCAGGAGCCUGCCAAGAGUGACCACGGCUGCCGAAAAGUUGGUUGCUGCCACUGGAAGGCGGUGCCUCCCUCUGUCUGUGGACGUCCGAGUUCCCCCAGCCGUCAUGACUGCUGUGGACCAGGCACUGAAGGAGUUUGGCAAAAUCGACAUCCUUAUUAACUGUGCAGCUGGAAACUUCCUGUGCCCUGCCAGCGCCUUGUCUUUCAAUGCCUUUAGGACUGUGGUUGACAUCGACACCAUUGGCACCUUCAAUGUGUCGCGAGUGGUUUAUGAGAAGUUCUUCCGGGACCACGGAGGAGUGAUUGUGAACAUUACCACCACUCUCAGUAUGCGGGGCCAGGUGCUACAGCUCCAUGCGGGCGCUGCCAAGGCAGCCGUGGACGCUAUGACACGACACUUGGCUGUGGAGUGGGGUCCCCAGAAUAUCCGUGUCAACAGCCUGGCUCCUGGUCCCAUCAGUGGCACCGAGGGGAUCCGGCGAUUGGGGGGCCCCCAGGACAGUUUGAAAUUAAAGGGUCUUUUAAGCCCUCUGCAAAGACUUGGAAACAAGACGGAGAUCGCCCACAGCGUGCUGUACCUGGCCAGCCCUCUGGCUUCCUAUGUCUCAGGGAUUUUGUUGGUGGUUGAUGGUGGUAGCUGGAUGACAUUCCCAAAUGACAUCAAGCGACUGGCAGAGUUUGGAUCUUCCUCUGCUAAGCUCUAGGAUAGGAUCCCUUGUAACUCAGGCUAUCUUCAAACACACUAUGUAGCUAAAGAUGAAGAUGAUUUUGCACUUCUGAUUCUCCUGUCUCUACCUCCCAACUGUUAAAAUUAGAAAAGAGCCACCAUGCCUGCUUUUUGCAGUGCUGAAGAUCACACCCAAGGUAUCAUGUUUGCUAAACCAACACUGUAUCAACUGAACUACAUCCUCUGCCCCAGGAUGCAUGUUUUGACACACAAACAUUGUGUUUUUUUCUUUUUCUUUUUCUUUUUUUUUUUGUGGUUUUUCGAGACAGCAUUUCUCUGUAGCUUUGGAACUUGUCCUGGAACUCACUCUAUAGACUAGACUGGCCUCGAACCCACAGAGAUCUGCCUGCUUUUGCCUCCCAAGUGCUGGGAUUAAAGGCAUGCACCACCACCAUUCAGCUUAUUUUUAAAAUUGUAUCCAGAAGGCAGUAUUCUUCAUGGAAUACUGCCUCCUUCCUCACAGAGGCCUGUAGUCACAGCAGAAAUGUUGAAUGUGAAUUUGGAAAUCCUAGCCAUCUAAACCUUACUCUGGUGACCAAGCUGUUAUACUUUUCCUCUCCAAAGCACACACCCAGGGUGGGUGGGACCAGGUCGUGAGCCUAGCCUAAUGCUCAUGGGGUCUGAAGAGUUCCUAUGAUUUUGUCAGAGAAAACUGCGUUAUCUUUUAAAAGAAAAAUCUUUUUGUUUGUUUUUGUUUUUGUUUUUCGAGUCAGGGUUUCUCUGUGGCUUUGGAGCCUGUCCUGGAACUAUCUCUGUAGACCAGGCUGGUCUCGAACUCACAGAGAUCCGCCUGCCUCUGCCUCCCGAGUGCUGGGAUUAAAGGCGUGCGCCACCAUCGCCCAGCCAAGAAGAAUCUUUUUAAUAUAAAAAUAUCUAUCAUUUGGAAUUUGUAAGUUUCUAGAAAGAAAAUUAAAAGUUUAAUUCUUCACUGAAAUAGGGAGUUGUGUUUUUGUCUUUUUUUCCUCCGAGACGGGAUUUCUCUGUGUAACA